AAUCCUUCUUUAAACCAAAUUAUUCAUCACCACAUAAUCCAGGAAUAUUUUUGCAUAUAGGACACAUACAAAAUUAAAAUGAACACAUAAAUAUAAAACUGUAAAAGUACCAGAAAAAAUAAAGGGAAAGAGAGCCAAAUCAAAAGUCCUUAUUAAACAAGGUAAAAGUCUCUCUCUCUCUCAAGGAAUCCCAAUGUUCCACCACACCAACCGCCACUUCUUCAGCCCAAAACCUCUCUAAUCCAUUGACAACAACCACGUCCCCAGUUAAUCAUUACAUUGUAGAGAGAGAGAGAGAGAGGGAGAGAGAGUAAUUAUAAGGAAAUGGAGGUGGGUAGAAGGAGGGGCACAACAAAAAACGGUGUAGUGGAAGGGUCUGUUUGGGAGAGCAGAAUGAAGAGCGAUGAGUUCAAAGGAGGAAUCAAAGUCUUCAAUGCCGAAGAGAAAAAGGCAGAAGAAAAUGGGGAAAAAAAAAUGAGGCCAAAACAGAGUCCAAUUGGGGCAAACGGGAAGAGAAAGACGUGGAAAUCAGAGAGUUCUGAUGGGAUUGAGCGAAACCCAAUUCAACCCAGAAAGGAAUUGGAUCAACAAUGUAAGGAGCUCAGUGUUUCUUCUGAUGGAACCAAGAUAAAAUCCCCUGUUCCGAAAAUUAAAAAGACUAGAUCUGAGGUUGGUAAGGGGGUGAGUGGGUCUGUUGAUGGAAUUGAGAGGAACCCAAAUCGGAUUAGGAAAUCAAAGUCUGAAUCUUUGAAAUUGGUUUGCCAGUCAGAGGGUGAAUUUGGCAAUGGUGAUGAAAUUGAGAGGAAUUCAAUGGAGAAAAUGAAGACUAGAUCUGAAGAAAUUAAGGAGGCGAGGGUGUCUGUUGAUGGAAGCGAGACAAACCCAGUUCAGAUUAGGAGACUAAAGUCUCAAUCUUUGAAGUUGAUUGGUCAAUCAGAUGUUGAAUCUGGCAAUGGUGAUGGAAUUGAGAAGAAUUUGAAUCAAUUGAGGAAGGUGAAGUCGGAGUCCCAUAGGAGUUUGGGGGAAUCUGUUGAUGCCAAUGAGAGGAAUUCAAUUCCGCUGACUGAAGCAAAAUUGGUUCCUGGUGAGGAUUUGGAUGAUGGAAAUGGGAGGAAUUCAAUUGAAUCGGAGGCGGCGAAAUCGGAGCCGGAUAAAGGCGUUGAUGAGUCUGUUGAGGAAAUUGAGACGAGCCCAGUUGGAAAUGAGAAGAGUGGAUGCGAUGAGUCUUGCAAAGAGUUUGGUGUGUGUGAAGAAAAGGAGGUUUCUUGUGGUUUGGGCAAUUUGGGUCAGGUCAAAUCUGCUCCAGAUAUGGUGGUGGAUGAAGAAGAUGAUGAUUAUGAUGGUGAUGGUGAUGGUGAUGAAGAAGACGAUGAUCAUGAUGAUGAUGGUGAUGAAGAUUAUGAUGAUGAGGAAAUUGAGAUUGAUGAAGAGAAGAAGAGGUUUGAAGUUAAGGAAAUUGACAUUGUAGAAGAAGAAAAGCCAAAGCAGAUUGUGAAUGAACAGAAGAAGGUGCAGAAAGUCCAAGAAAAACCAUUACCCAUCUCACCCAUUGUGAAAAAACAGGUUCCUCCAGUAGUGAACCAUUCCAGAGUCCACGCAAUUCCCACAAAAACUAAAGCAAGUCCUGUUUCAAAUGGAUUCCAAAAACCUCCUGAAACAAAUACUGGGUUCCAGAGAGUUCCUCAUACACAUAACAAAUUGCAGAGUUUAGUCGAUUUGGUGAUGUGGAGAGAUGUCUCGAAAUCGGCAUUCAUAUUUGGAUUGGGAACAUUCAUCAUAAUCUCACUCUCUUACACCAAAGAUCUCAAUAUAAGCUUCAUAACCGUUAUUUCCUAUCUGGGUCUUGCCUAUCUUGCUGCAAUUUUCUUGUUCAGAUCCAUUAUUUGCAGGGGAGUCACAGAUGUAGAUUAUACAAGCCAAGAAUACUAUGUUGUUGGGGAAGGAGAAGCAAUGUGGUUAGUAAAAAUGGUUCUUCCUUAUUUAAAUGAGUUUCUUGUAAAACUCAGAGCCCUCUUUUCUGGAGAUCCUGCCACCACAAUGAAGUUGGCAGUUCUGCUGUUUGUUUUGGCAAGGUGUGGGAGUUCCAUCACUGUUUGGAAGAUGGCCAAAUUGGGCUUUUUUGGAGUAUUCACCGUACCAAAAAUCUGCUCUUCCUAUUCCACCCAGUUGUCCAAUUACGGUAAUUUCUGGGUGCGAAGGUUCAAAGAUGCUUGGGAAUCAUGCUCUCACAAGAAAGCAGUGGCUUUUGGCAUCUUUACCCUUGUUUGGAAUCUCUCCUCAGUCAUGGCUCGAAUCUGGGCAGUGUUCAUGCUAUAUGUGGCCUUCAGAUAUUACCAGCAGUCAUUGGCCACAGAUAAUUGGGUAGAAGAGGAACAAAAAUGUGAAACCACGUGGAAAGACCCCAUUGGGGAGCACAGACGUGGGCGUAGGACCGCUACCGUGGACGUGAAAAAGGAUAAGAAAAGGUUUUGAUAAUGUAAACUAUACAUCAUGUAUCUACAAUAAGGUUAAUUAGCCCUUAACACCUCGCUCCACAUCGUAAGUCUACAUGGGGCGUUAAAUAUAAUGUUUGUUUAUUUUAAUUCUUUUGUUUUCCCCCAUUCCUUUUUCGUGUUGUACAUAUUUUGUUUGGUGACAAAGAAAAUGAAUUCUAUAAUAACGAGUGCUGUGAACCUUGAUUUGGGCUUGCAUUGCCAUAUUAUAAGUGAUGAAAUACAUUUAAAUUUGUGUCCUAAA